CUGAGUACACGAGCCCGGAACGGACUCCAGUUGUUUUUCUUACCCCAAAUUCUGCUGCUCUGAAAUUCUCAAUCCCCAAACCAGAUCGAGAACGGGGAUGGAAGGCAAGAGAGCGCCGGCGGCCGCCGCCGCGGCCAUCUCGGCCGUGCUCGACGACGACGACCUCCUCGGUGAGAUCCUCCUCCGCCUCGCCUUCCCCACCAGCCUCGUCCGCGCCGCGCUCGUCUGCAAGCGCUGGCUCCUCCACGCCGCCGCGCCCGCCUUCCUCCGCCGCUUCCGCGACCUCCACCCGCCCAGCCUUCUCGGCUUCUACGUCGUCACCACAGGCCCCCACCCCCCGCGGUUCGUGCCGCUGCCUCAGCCCCCUGAGCUCGCCGACGUCGUCCGCCGCGGCAGCUUCGAUCUGGACUCCUUGGGCCCCGACAGGUUCGACCUGGAUUGCUGGAAUGGCCUCCUCCUCCUCUCAACCUUCCAGAUGUACCCGAACCGCACCAUGAACCCAACAAGGGUGCGUUGUCCCCUCUACCCUGCGAGGGACACGGCCAUCCUCCCAACAGUCCCCAACACCAGCAUCCAUCACGACGGCUCCACAUACUAUGAUCGUGAGAUCCUCGUCAGUCACGGCGGCCAAGGUCUGUCCUACCUCCUUUUGGCAAUAAUGCAUAAAGAGCAGCAGACAGUUGUGGAUGUGUACGCAUUACAAGAAGGUAUCUGGACCAUCUACUCUUCCUCUGUAACUGAAAUCCCUAGAAUUGUACUCCUGUUGCCUUCUACUUUGAUUGGUGGCACUAAAAUCUACAAUGUGGCCUUUGUGAACAACAGUUAUAAGUUGAUCCUGCUACAUCUUGUGUCCGGAUCUUUGUCAUUAGUGAACUUUCCAGAAGAGGUUAAGCGGUUGAGCUUCGAGCUGUCGCUCACGGAUGAUUCUCAUCUUCAUCUGAUCCAUGUAAAGGGGUGCCUGCUUCGCAUCUGGCUCCAUAGGAUGGAUAUCAGUGGCGUCUCCAACUGGUUCCUUGAGCGUACCGUCUGUUUGCGCGAGAUAUGUGCUAAUUAUAUGAUACCAACUUGCAUGUUCAAGGAUGCGAGUGAUUCAGCAUUUGCCAGGGUGCAUGCGGUUGGGGUAGAUUCUGAGUUCGUUUUCUUGGAGAUGGAACAUGUCCUCUGCCUGUUUGAUAUUAAGAGCAAGGCGGCAAAGAAGGUUUACAAGAUGACGCCAGAGGAUAAAACCUUGACUAGUGUUAUUCCUUUUAUGAUGGUUUGGCCUCCUAAAUUCCCUGCGAUGAAGGAGAUGCAUGAUCCAACAGAAUGACCCUGUAACUGAAAUCAAUGGUAUCAAAUGCCAUAAGCAGUGGAGGGCUGGAGGCAGCAGAUAAUGCAGACGUGGGUCUGUCAUGGUACCAGCGGAUCCACAGCGUCUCAUACUACCAGUUUUGCACAUUGUUGUAAGGUGAUACCAACUUAUCAUGUUGACUUAUGCAGCUGUUAGCCUUUACAUGCCUGCUUUUGUAUGUACCGAUGAUGCUUCUGCUAGACCAGUGCGACUCUUGUAUAUGUAUGCUACUCCCUCCGUUCCUAAAUAUAAGUCUUUGUAGAGAUUUCACUAUGAA